AUGGAUAAAGCCUAUUUCGGAGAAAGUGCUUUAACCCCUGAAUAUUUGAACUGGCAUGCUAAAUUGGUUGAUUCACCGAGUCAUUUGUCAGAUAAAAUCCAGUUGAGCUUAUAUAGAGCAUAUACGGAAGAGACUGGGCUCGAUCCCUGGAUAAACCCUGAAACUUCCGAAUCCCCACAAAUUGAAAAUGCUGAUAAUCAUUCACGAGACUGUAUCAAGAUUUCUAAAUUUCCAGAAGAGAAAGAUGUGAUUAUUAAAACAGUACAUAAACGCUUCCCUUUCCUGUUUUACACUAAUUCGAAUGCAUGGCAUCGAGAUGUAUUUAAAUAUACCGAUUCAGAAGCCAAAUGCCCGAUAUGUAAAGAGACACAUACACGUCUAGGUAUAUGGGGCGAUUGGAGCUGUCUUGGUAAAGAUGACCACUAUUUUCUUAAUUGCCCUUUUCGUAUCGAUCAAAAGAAGUUAUUAAUUGCUUUGCAGGCUUAG